GGUAACACUGGGACAACAGCAGCUGCAUCCACAUCCACAGAUUUUGGAAACAUCUCCGUCUCGACAACCGGAAAGAUGUUAUAACAGUUCCGGAAUCAACAACACGAUUAAUCACAGCGAAGGCAUGAUACCUGCUAGCGAUUCAAAUGAUUGGCACCAGCAGCAAAUAAUUUCAAAUUCGCCUUCUCGACAGCAUCAGCAUUUUUCUCAAGCCUUUCCUGACAGUCAAGAACAGGCUCUUUUUGAACAGCGACUGUGCGAGGAUAUCUACGGGGUGGCCGUACGAAAAAUCAAUCAAAAUGGAAAAUCAAAUCUGCGCUAUGUUAAGUGCUUGUACGUGGAUAGCUCUGAAAUUUUGCACAGCAGCAGCGACGAUCCCUCCACUACCAACUUGAAUGGCCCUCAAAACUUUUCUUCUUCCAGAAGCGUUUCAAGUCGGCAUUCUCGGGGUUCACUGGGCGCUUUGUCUCGGUUUUUGAGUGGCGGUGGGAACCAUUCCAGUGCUGCUGGCACUCCAUCUGACCACGAUGCCCACCGCAGUUUGCUCUCUUCUGGAUCUCAUCAUCAGAUACCCACGCACAACCAGAGUAAGAACAAGACCCGCGUUUUAGUAUGGGGUAAGAAAAAGGAUGUGGUGGUACCCUUGGAUCACUUUACAGCCGUGCGGAAGGGAAAGGUCAACGAACGAUCUAGGCGAAAUCCUUGCGAGACAUCUCGGAUCCUUUCAUUGGUGACAGUCGAUAUACACUCCGAAGAUAGAAAAAAUGCUGUUUCUUUAGAUAUUGAAGCUCCGACGCGCUUAGAUCGAGACAAGUUUGCGACGGCUUUUUCGAGGUUUCUCAAUGUUCCAUUGUUAGAAGAGGGAGAGAGCAUGAAAUCACAACAGUUCACACCACGAACACCGAACACUUCCUUCCCGCACCAGCAAUACAGCCACCAUUCAUUUUCUCAACAACAGCAACAGCAAUUAUUACCGCUCAAUCAGGGAGCUGGUGGUGGGGAUAGCAGUCGGAGCAUUGCUCGGAGCAUCAAGUCAGACUUGACGGCACAAUCUUGGAAAGGUGACCCGCACAACAAUUCCAUUCCCGACAUUGCGCUCACCGCUACCAACUCCCAAACAACCAAUGGUAAUGGAGGGAGCGUAAGAUCAAGUAGCAACAAAAGGCAACAACAGCAAAACGCUCCCCUGCCGGUAGUGACGGCCCGUGUCGGUGGUGCACCUUUAACGAAUGGCAUAAUCAGUAGCAAACCUCCCCGGAACAACAUGCGAAGGAGUACUCCGCCUCCCAUUCACCCUGGAACGAAUCUCACUGCUCUCCAGAACAACAGCAAUAGCAACUCUUCAAAGCACCAGCCGCAACAAAGUACUGCCAAUGGGGGAAGCAGUCGCACCGGAUCUGAAGUCGACGAUCCUCCGCUGGCAUCCUUACCGUCCUCCACACGUUCGCGAGGUGCCAACAACUGCAAUAAUGAUAAUGCUCACGACACCUAUUUGAACACAAUAUCGUCCUCCGCUGCUACAAAGAGAGGGAAGAUGGUUUUAGAAAUCCCUAUGGCGACGAAGUCAAAGCUUGUAUCAAAGACCUCUUUGAACAACCAAAAUCCUGCUGUGAGUACACCGACUACUACGGCGACCGGUGCUCACGUUAAUUCCUCCAAUACAACACUUCAUACGCCCAUUUCCACUACCCUGAGUACCGCGAACGCCAAAAAUCAUUACCACAACCAAGGAGAAGCCGCAAUGAGUGACAUGGAUGACAUGGAUGGAUCGAUUGUCUCUUCAAUUACCGGGGUCGGAUUCGAUCAAGACCUGGUUGAAGAAUUGCAUUUGGCCCUGGAACGAAUGAGGGUAGAAUUGGAUGAAUCUCGAGCAGAGGCUUCCCGUGCCGUCAAAGUUGCCGAACAGGCCAUUCAAAGUGCUGAAAACAGCAACAGUAAGGAUUGGAAUAACACAGUCACCCACAAAGCCGCCGAGGCGGCGGCCACGGCUCAAAAAAGGUCAGCCGAAGCCAUGGCAAAGGCCCGGAUCGCUGAAGAACGCUUGGAAAUGGAACGCAAAACCAGCGCCCUCCGCAAGAAGCAGAUCAAGGAAGCGGAGCAAAUGGUGGCUCAUUGGCAAACGCGAGCGGUUGCUGCUGAGGUCCAGCGGUUUGCCGUUGCUGAAGCCUUAGAAACCGAGCGGAAAAGGAUUCGGGAAUUUGUGUUGCAGCAGCAACAGGAAGACCUUAUUAAUCAGCAACCGCCGAAUACCUUCGUAUCGUCUGAGCUGAAUACUUCUGCAGGCAAUGUGGGUACAACAGAGGAAGUCGAUCGCCUUCGCUCCAAUCUCGCCAUGGAAAGUGCCAGGCGACGAAAAUUACUCGACGAAUUGCAAGAUCUACGUGGUACUAUCCGGGUCUACUGCCGGUUAGAGCGAGCUUCUUGUCACGAUAGUAAACAUUCAGCGACACUAGAAAUGGUGUCAAACGAGAUUCUUGUUCUUCAUCAAAAUUCUUCAGAAAAGGGACACAAGAUAUCUGACACGAAUCAAUCUCAGCUAAGCUUCGAAUUCGAUGGAAUACUGUCCUCCGACAUGAGUCAUGAAGAUGUAUAUGCCGAAUUUGAAGCCGCUUGCGCAAGCGUGGUUGAAGGCUUCAAGAUUUGUGUCAUGACUUACGGUCAAGUAAAUUCUGGAAAGACCCAAACUAUGCUCGGUGACAUCCGCCUCAAUGCCGUAGACAGAUCGGUCUCCAUAGAAAACGAAGGAAUCCAUUUGCAAGCAAUGAGACAGCUUUUUUCAAUCCUGGAGCAAAGGCGCGAUCGAUUCCAGGACAUUGUGACAAUGAAUCUAGUUGAGGUUCACGACGAACGGUUGACUGAUCUCUUGGCCGGUACUAAGUUCGGUGAGGAACACGGAAAGGUCGAAGAGUCUCGAAAGAGCAAGCGACAGCAGCAGGAUCUGAAACCAACAGGAACCGCAGAAGAGAAACAACAGCAUCCCAUGGGAGCUAACUCAGUCUCUUCAUCGCGCCCCAAGCUAGAAAUCAAGACUAACCGUGAUGGAGAAACUGUUKUUCGUGGCAUUCUUUCGGUCACAGUUGCAUCCUAUCAAGACGUUUUACGCGUGUGGACAGAGAGUUUGACCAGGCGAACUCGCCGGUUGACGGAACAAGACUUGGUAGAUCAUCGGGCGUACGAGCUUGAUAGUCAUGUUGUUGCAUCCCUGAAGAUUAUUUCGAAGAAUAUUUGUUCGGGUGUAACGACGACAGGAAGGAUGCAAUUCGUGGACUUAGCCUCUUCAGAAAUCGUGACCAACCGACCUUUUGGAUCUAUUGAUGGCGUUUCUUCCUCGGCCACUUCCAAACGAAAUUCUUCCUCCAGUCCAUCUCCUGAGCAGCUUCGGGAAGACUGGAAGUUUAGUAACAAGUCGCUGAAUACUUUUCGGGAAGUCGUCCUGGCACGGAAUCAGUACCAGCGGGCUGUGCCGUAUCGGAAUUCUACUAUCACACAUAUCCUAAGCGACAGUCUAGAAGCUGACACGAAGGUUGUUGUUAUCGCCUGUGUAAAUUCGAGAGACGAAGAACCCUCAACCACCGCAUGCACACUCCAGUUUGCCCAAGAAAUGCGUAAGGUUGUUGUCGGCAAAGCCACAAGGCACGCUACAAUUGCUCCAGUUGGAACCAAUAUCAGCAAUAUAAAACCAAAAUAGUGAGCAAUUAUUUGGUCAAGCACAUGUUCAAAUGUUCAUUCAGAUUCACCAUUUUGCUUUAUUAUAUAUUUUCGAUGUGUACGAGAUUGCGAUACAGCAUUUCUACUGCUUUGACUUAGUGCAUGCAGCCCCAUCAAUCUUCUUUGAGGAUUAUGAGUACCUAAACGCAUAUUUUUGUUAAAGAACGAACAUACCGGUUCUAGUUGUAUUGGAUUAGAUCGUUACUGGGUUCGUACUGUACUUGGUAUACGGCCUUCAAAAAAAUUCAAAUUGCUGAUUUCCCCGGUAGGAAUACAUAUUUAAAAAACUU